AUGGCCACGCGGGCCCUGCUGCUGCUGCUGCUGCUGCUGCUGCUGCCGCCGCCGCCGCCGCUCCGGGGCUGCGCCGCGCGCCCCGCGCCCCCCAGGGCCCCGCGACACUCGGACGGGACUUUCACCAGCGAGCUCAGCCGCCUGCGGGAGAGCGCGCGGCUGCAGCGGCUGCUGCAGGGCCUGGUGGGGAAGCGCAGCGAGCAGGACACAGAGAACAGCACAGCCUGGACCAACUCUGCGGAGGGCCACCUCUGCCUGCUGUGGUCGGACGCGCCCACCCUGCAGGCCUGGAUGCCCCUGAGGCCCCCCGGGGAUCAGGCCUGGUCCCCCCAGGUGCCUCUUGGACUGAGGGCUGGGGUCAUGCUGUCGGAGCCGGCCAUCCCUGCUGCUGAGGGGAUGCAGAUGAGGCCCUGAGGAAGAAGCAACCUCCCACGGGGAGCCUGGACGGGGAGGGGGUGGGAGGAGGGGGGGUUG